UCCGGAAUUUGUUGAGUAAACGUUACGCGCUCGCGUUUCAACGAUCACUGUCCCGUACGACACGUGGAUAAAUUAAUACGCAAAUUGAGAUUGCGUAUGUGUGUAUGCGGAGUGUGAUAUUUGGGAACACGAUCGUCAUUUCGCCGAGUGCUGACGCGAUAGAAACCUCUCGAACAAUGUGAUCUAAUGCGCGCUUUAGUGCGUCUAUGAGAAACGAAUAUGUACGUAUCUCAGUGAAAUAAUCGCGAAACUUUACCCACAUUCGUGCACGAGCCGUCCGAGCUACUCGACGUGUCCAACGCGAUGCCACGGUCGGGCGGGCUGACAGUAGUCUGAACUUAGUCGAGCACGCCAACUUCGGAGCGUGGCUAAUUUCAUAGUUCAAUCGCCGUGCGACGUGGACGUCCGCGCCUCGCUCCGCUCGAACGCGGUGUGCGGAAGGUCGAAGGAAGUAACGCGACGACACACGGCGAAUGUCUCGUGCCGCUGUCUAGUCGCCCGACCGGCCUAAUCGUUCGACCGACCUCCAAACGACAACAGGGUUAUGCCGCGCGUAAACAACACCGGUACGUCGCGUCGCCGCGCGCCAUAACAGUCGUCUCGUCGCCGCGUGUGCCGUAAGUAAAAAUAUUCCGUUCUCCUCUCGCGCUUUUCGAACAUGCGUAAUUGUUAACAAACGACGCAUGAUGCGUGGCUUGCCAAAUCUCGAGUCGUUCGGUGCGAACGUUACUCCUCCGUUCACCGAUCGCGGUAAUCACAUUCGUGUCAAGAGAGAAAAGUUCAAGCGCGCGAUGCGAGAUACGUGCUUUUCCACUCCGUCGUUGAAGAGAUAAUUAUUGUAUGGUAUGCUGCCGCGUGCGUGUAAGUGCGUGUGUGUGUGUGCAAAUGCGUAUCGUCAGGACGACAGCAUCUUCAACAACGGGAAUCAAAAGCAACAACGCAUAAUCAUUCGGAAAGGGAAUGCAAUAGCUGCAUGAACAACAGCAACAGCAACAACAACAGAUAUAGAGUACACACGUGCAUUGGGCCCCAACUUUACUAUGCCUGUUUGACAUCAAAUGUGGACUGUCCUGCAUCAGAGAUAUGGGUAGAAUCGUGCGCACAAAUCUUUCUGAAGAGGCUAUGCAGUGUUUAUAAGGAAUUACCAUUGGCGGAUCUAUCGAACCUGACCAAUAUCCCAAAAGAUGAACUCUCGAAACCAUUAAAAAGACUGAUUGAAGAAUAUAAUCAGGGUAUCACUUGUAAGAAUCUGACCUUAGAACUAGAGGAAGAAUUGGAUGAAGUACGUCACAUACUGAUGACUGGGGUCCUAAAGUUGAUUGAUAGGGGCGAAAAGUUAGAUGAUCUCGUCCGAAAGACCCAGAACUUAGAAAUUUCGUCGCGAGACUUCCACGUAGUGACAAGGACUCAGCAAAAGAAAAACAGUAGCCUGAAGAUAGCACUUGUAACAUCAGCCUUUAUGUUAGUCAUAGUCUCAUUUCUUAUAGCUUUGAUAUAUUGGUUUGAAGUUUACUGCAAUUCUUAUACACAUGGCACAUUAAUGGCUAAUCGAACUAACUAGAAAACUAGUCCUUAAUUUACAUUUAUAGUGUUGUUUUUCCCUGACUGGUAUCUUUUUCCCAGGGAAAAACGCUAUGAGUGAGCGACAAUUUAAAAAUUAGUUAUGUCAAGAAAUAAAGAUUAACUACCAUUUUUCUAAUAUACAUUUUUUUUAUACGGUGUCAUUGUUGAAACUAGAUUUGAAGAAAGUGAUAACGUGAAGAAAUAAGUGUAAAUAUAGAUAAGCAAUAAAGUGAAGAAAAAAAUCAAAA